AUGUUGUUGAACAGUGCUAGUCUUCCAGCAAGAAUUCUUGACGGGGUUGCGCUAUCAGAAAGUUACAGGGAGUUUCUGACUGACCACGGCGGAUGUCUCGCUGCCCAAUGGACGAUGGAGCUUCUCCAUGUUGAGCUUGGCAUGUCUCGUUCUGAAGCCCACGGAGACUGGGCCCAAGCGUUAGGAGUCGAUGGCAUCGCGUCUCCCUUCAACACGUUUUUCCGAGGCGACCGGGCUUGUUUGAUGUUUUUUCAUCAGCUGCUGUGGGGCAGUGGUACUGCCUGGUCUUCCGUGGCCGCCACUGGCUGGAGCACCUUCGCCUUGCUCGGGAGGCUAUCCAAGGCUUUCCAGCUCUAUCUGGAAAGGCAAGGAAAGCCGUCAAGCGAAGCUUUGCAGGGCCUGCUGUCACUGCAACUGACUGCGGAGAGGCGCAACAUCGCUGAGCGGCUGCCAGAACUCAUCCAGACGGCUCUUUCCAGUUUGAAAGCAACAAAUAUCUCUGCACCUUGGAAAGUUCGAGCAGCAGCUGCAGCGCAUGCAGAAGAUCUGCUGCGAGAGUGGUCACGUGAAGCGCUGUACAAUGGUCUGCCACCGUGGCAGGUGGUGGUAUCAUUCUUAAUUGACCUUCGGUCACCCGUAUUCUGGCAGCUGCUGGACACGAUGCUGCUGCCAGACAGCGUGAGCAUUUGCUUGCCAAAGCUGCUUGCCUGGAAGUCUUCUGCCAAUCGUGGCCACUGCAUCGCUAGGCAUUGCGCAAAAUUCUGGGACGUGGACGAAGCCUCUGCUGCAGCAACUGCGCAUACUGCCAACCGGAGCGCCGCCAGAGACUUGACUAUCUUUCACGUGGGCACAGACCGCGAUUUCCUCAGCGACAGCAUCCGCAGCGAGUGCUUGGCAAGAUGUGAAAAUUCUGUGCUUGGAGUUUUAAGACAGGUGUCCGACAUCGUACUGCGCUUUGAUGUAAAAGCGCCAUUUACAUACGUGGAUGCAGGGGCAGCCCUGGGGGAGUGUAUGCUGUCUGCCGCCUUCAUCUUGCCAGAAGGUCGCUUGAAGGGUUUGGCAUUCGAGGCGUUGCCUAAGUGGGCAAAGCGAAUCAAGAAGACCCUACGUAUUAAUGGCAUCGCUGCUUCUGCGAGCCAGAACCACACGCAGGUGGUGCUGAAGAACCUGGCUCUGGAUUCUGUGCGUUCCAAGAUGCUGGGAUCCUUCGCAGUUGGAGGCUUCAUAGCCGGAAGCCGCGGAAGCGUCGUUGCAAGAAGCUCUACCCUGGAUCAUGAAGUUGCCUCACAGCUAGGUCGCGAGGAGACGAUCGAUCUCCUGCACAUCUUCGUUAACUCCUGGGAGCCAGCCGUGCUGAAGGGCGCAAGGCAGCUUCUACUGGAUCGCAGGGUGGGCUGCGUGCUUGUGCAAGUGUAUGACCGGGAGUCAAUGUCCGCUGUCGUGAAGGGACUCCUCCGCAAAGUUGGCUACACUGCAGAGCCGGAUCCCGCGCCGCCCGAGAGGGGCCAGGCCCUCCUGGUGUGCAGGACAGCACUAUGGCGGCGAUGGUCCAGCGGCAUGGAGGAGGUGCAGGCGAUGGUGAACAGCAGCUUGCAGGAUCCCAAGAGCUAUGAAAAGGCGGCAAGGCAGCUGGCGGAGAAGCAGAUGGCGGCAUGCAGCCAAGAGGCCACUGCCGCAGACGUUCACGCCCUUCGAUCGGGCGGCCUUGGCGACGCUGCCGUGGAACGAUUGCUGGCAGCCGCCUUAGGCCCAGAUCUCUCUGCUGAGGACCGUGAAUUGUACGACAAGGCAUUGGCUGGCGAGGCUUCCAACUCCGAAGCCCCGUCGAUCAUGGGAGUUCAGGUGCACCGAGUCCCUCUUGCAUUGCAGCUCCUCUACAUGGUCGGUGUGGUUGCUGCAGUCAGCUAUGUGGUAUUCCUUGUCGUGCGCCAGCUCACAGCUCGAGACAAGGUGGGGCUCGAGAUUGGCCAAACUGAAAGGUAA